CCCCGGGGCGGAGCUGCGCUGUCGAGCUCGUCAUUUGGACGCUUUGGUGGAUACACGCUUCUUUGACACAGUCGCCUUUGGCGUGGAGAUCAUUCUUCUGUUUUUUAGACUGAAGACGAGAAGAGUUCACCUUCGUGGUUGUUCGCCAUGGGAGCAGAGAGCUCAGCGCAGCGGGACGGGAAGAGCCAGGAGGAUGCCUCAGCCUCCGCUGGGGAGCUGAGUGCGGAGGUGACCGCGCUGCAGGAGGGAGGCAGCGUCCUCGACAGCAAGCCUUUGCAGAAAAAUGGACAACUCUCCAGCAUGACCAGUGUGAAUGGACACUCAGAGGACAACACGCUGGCAGAAGUUGGCCAAGCAGAUGGUGUGUCUGUGGCUCAGAAGGAGGAGGCUCUUGAGACUAUGGACACCAUCCAGGAUGAAGUGGCCCCUCAAGUGAAUGGUGAGAAGGUGGAGAAGGAGUCUUCUGAUGUCAAUGACAUCUCUGCUGUUGAGGAGAAAGCAGUGGAGGAGAAACCUGACGAGGCCAGCGAAGUGGGCUUCAAGAAGAUCUUCCGCUUUGUCGGCUUUAAGUUCACGCUGAAGAAGGACAAAAGUGAGGAGAAAGACCCUGUGAAGCUACUGACAGUCAAAGAUAAAGAAGAAGAGGAGGUUAGUGGGACUGAUGAACCUACAAAAGAUGCAGAUGCUGCCACUGCUGAGGAGAAAGAGGCUCCAGCUGAAGAGAAGGAGGCUGAUACAGAGGCAUCUACUGCUGACGCCGAAGUCAUUAAAGAUAGUGACAAAGCUGAAACCACUGAUGCUCCAGCUGAAGGCACUACCACUGAAGCUGCUGAUGAAGCAGUAAAGGAGGAAGGAGCUGAGAAGGAAGUAGAGACCACUCCACCAUCCCAGGAGGCCACUGUGUCCCCCUUCAGAAAGCUCUUCAAUGCAGGACUCUUCUCUAACCUGAGAAAGAAAGCCAGCAUCAAGAAGACAAAAGAGGAGGAAGACAAGGAGGCAGCUGUUGAGGAGGAGGUGUCUAAGACAGAUGAAACUACUGCUGCUGAUGUGGAAGAAAAGGAGGAGAAAGUUCAAGAAACCAAUGAGGCGGCACAAGCAACUCCUGAGGGAGAAAAAACAGAGCCCAAGGAGGAGGCACCAGCUACUCCAGAGGAAACAAAAUCAGAGACUACCACAGAGCCUCAGGUCACAGUUGAACCCCCUGCUCCUGCAGCAACUCCUACCACAGAGACAAAACAAGAGGAGGAGAAGGCAGAAGCUAGUGCAGAAGUGGAGAAUGCUCCAGCAGAGGUGACCUCUGAGGCUGAACUGCUAUCCUCACAGGAGAAGGCAAAACCACAGGGAAGCCCCCUGAAGAAGCUUUUCACUGGUGCUGGCUUGAAGAAGCUCUCCACUAAGAAGCAGAAGACCAAGAAAGAUGCGGAGACCAAGCUCACUGAGUCUGGAGAGCAGGCAGCCGAGCAGCUUCAAUCCUCUACUGAAUCAGCAGAGCCUCCAAAGGCUGACAGCGGGCCCUCGUCUCCGGAGGAGUCAGGAGAGCAUGUAAUAGCUGUGGAGGUGACCCAGAAUGAGCCGAGCCACGAGGCUGAUGGCGAGGUUGCUUCUGAUGGAGAGAAAAAGAAAGAGGGUAUCAUUGCCUGGUCCUCCUUCAAGAAACUAGUAACACAGAAGAAACGUGUGAAAAGGUCUUCUGAGAGCGAUGACGAAGCCACAGGUGAGAAGCCAGCCAAGUCAGCCACCCUGUCCUCUUCUGAGAGUGCCGCGUUAGUAGAUAACGGUGUUGAGGAGGAGGCUAAGGAGGAUAAGCCAAAUGAGGAAGAGGCAAAGACUGAAACCACUGAGAAACUGGUCAGCAGCACUGAGGAGCCCAAAAAGAAAAUGGACACCUCUGUCUCCUGGGAGGCUCUGAUGUGUAUGGGUGGACCCAAAAAGAGGACUAGGAGGACCUCUGAUUCUGACGAUGAGGAGACCAAGAUUGAAGAGGAAUUGCCAGCGGCAGCAGAAGGGGAGCAGGAGGGAAAAACCGAGGCUGCCACUGACAUCUCCAAAAACACAGAGAGUGAUGGAGAGAUCAUUACCACCUCUGAACCUAUCAGCAGCCCCCCUGAGAGAGAGUCUGCCUGGGACACACUGAAACGCAUAGUUAUGUCAAAGAGUAAGGCCAAAGCUGAGGAGAAGCCUGAGGAAUCAGCAGAACAGAUCCAGUCAGACAGUGAAGCACAAAAAGAUGAGUCAUCUUUCUCUUUGAAGAAGUUUUUGCCUGGGCGCAGAAAGAAGAAGGUUGAAAAACAAGCCUCCACGGAACAAGGCUCAGGGGAGGAGGAUUCUGACACUCCAGCUGUGGUUCCUCUCUCAGAAUAUGACAACCAAGUUGAAGCUGAGAAGGAAGCAUCGGCAGAACUAGCUGCAGCCCAGAUCAAAGUGUCUGCUGAAGAGAGAUCCCCGUCAUGGAUCCCAGCCGUUGUGGAAGAUGUUGAUGAUAAGCAUGAUGAGCUGAGUGACAUUCCAGAGGAGGCUGAGAAUGCUGCCACGCCAAAGUCUGUUGACACCGACAUUGCUGAGGAUGAAACGGAGGAUGAAGCCACUCCGCCCCCUAAAGCUCUAGGCCGCAAAUUGUCCACAGCUGAGGUGAAGCCAGUCGAUCCCACUCCAGCUGCAGAAACUACUCCUGUUCCUCAGGGUCCCAAGCCGGAGAGUGCAGAGGAGGUUAUGGGGGGCGUAGAAUCCCAAAUCAGUGAAAUUCCACCCAAGACAUCUCUACUUGUUGAACAUAUGCCAAUAGAGACAGCUUCUGAAAAAAUAGAAUAUGAACCACCAACUGAGACUGCCAAAGCCACGACAAAUACCAUUCUGGAGCCGCAUGCUCAGGAAGAAGCCAUGGCUAUCUGCACUGGCCUAGGAACCAAGGAGAUUGCUAAAGUAUCUCUUGAGAAACCUGUCACACCCAUCAUAGAGUGUAUGACUGUGAUCCGUGAUGCUCUAAGCACAGAGGUGUCAAUGGAUGACAAGCCAGAAACUACAGAGGAAGCCAUUGUUACAGAAGAUGCGGUGCUCAAGGCCCAAGUGCAGCAAGUAGAAACCACUGAGCUUGAGCCUGUUGUUGAAAAUGUAUUGAGUGAAGUGGUAGACAUUCAAGCGGCUAGUAAGAACUCUGAACCUGAGAUUGAGAAGACUGGGAUUGUCUGCACUGCUUUGGAGGGGUCUGAAAUCCUUCAGCCUACUGCCAUGAGUGAGAACUCUCCUAAAGUUGAUGUAGUCGGUCCCAUUUCACCAACAUGUGAAACAGCUGUUUACACCCUGAGCCCAGAAGUCACAGAGCCAACUGUAGAAACCAAAGAGGUGAAAAUAGACACUGAGAAGCUUGCUGCCACUGAGGAAAAUACCCCUGUAAAAGAGAUAACUCAGGCCGUAUGCGACACCACGGUGGCCACUAUCACGAAGGAGGCUGAGACAGCCAUCCCUGUAGUUGUACCAAAUGAGGUUCCUGUUCCUGUUGUUACCAAAACAUUGGUCCUUGUAGCCCCUGGCAGUGUGGAGUCUGACGAAGUGACAAUAGGUGACAUUAAAGAGGACACCGAGCAGGCCAGUGAAAUUGAAGCUCAGAGCAUGGUCAUUACCCAGGCUGUCAUUCAGGUUGCCAUGGAUAAAGUUUCAGAGGACAUGACUGAACCCAAAAAGCCCACCACCCCAACAGCCACUAUCCCGGAACUAGUCCAGGCUGUAGCAACAACAGAGAAAGAGAUCAAAACAGAAACCCCUGUUAUCACCGACACCCCUGUCGCCAUUGUCUGCGACAAACCAGCACCGAAGUCACCUCAGCCACUCUUUGUUGCCAUGGAGGUCAUUGACGCAAUCCCUGUAGAGGUUACUGGAGAAUUAGAUGUCUCUGUAGAGGAGAAGACACCCAAAGAAAAGCUGAAGAAAGCUGUGGAGGUAAAAGUAAGUGAAGAAGCUGUUGUAUUGGAAGAAGUGGUGGAGAUGAAGACAGAGGGUCAGACAGGUAAAGACGUUGAAAAGGUCGAGGAGGAACAGGACAAAGAUGACACAGAUGUUCAGGAAGCAGAUGUGAAAGAAGCAGUUGUGGAAGUGAAACAACAAUCAGAAGAAGCAAAGUCAGAGGCCCCUUCAGAGGAGGACAAAGAGAAAGUGCCUGAGAUUCACGUCCCAGUCCAGGUGGUCCUGCACACAGCGCAGGUAGUCGAGGAACCGUCAGUGGAAGAAGAGGCCGUGGUAGAGUUCGACAACAGCGGUCCUGGGGCUGAAGACACCAACGUUAAAGAUGUCAGCAAACUCUCAACGCUGUCAGAAGAACCGCAAGCGUCAGCUUCUGCUCCCAGCCAUGUCACAGAGGCAGCAGCCAGCCAACCAGAGACAGAGAAAACAUCGUCGGUGAAGUGUGCCGAAGUGAUGGCGCAGGUGAUCGAGGUGAUUGAGGAGGCUGUGAAGGAGAUCGAGCCAGUGUCUACAGAGAUCACAGCAGCAUCAUGAGCAGCUGAAGAUGCAAGACUGAUGCCUGGGAGACGCACUGUCUGGACCAGGAAGUGAGUGAUGAGGGAGAGAGAGAGAGAAAGAGAGAGAGCGGCAGCUCUGUGGUAACACACUGAGACUGGGCUCCACCCAUCCCGCCCAGAGAGACUGAGUGACUGAGCAACAGCUCCGCCAUUCUCUCCACCUCCCCUUCAACCUGUACUCCAACCCCAUCCUGCAGCCCUGUCACCGCAACGUGACGCACCACCACCAUAUCCCCACCCACUCACUCACUCUCACACACACACACACACACACACACGCACACGCAUACUAAAGCAUGUCCCGUGCUUCAGAAGCAUCCCACUUGGCUUGUAAUCAGUGUGAUGUACGUCAGUGUCUCAGUGACUUUCUAUUGCCCUUGCUGCAAAAGACAGAAGUCUGCAAUCUGGUCGAGUGUGUUAUCUGUUCAUAUGUGUGUGCGUGUGCGUUUGUAGGUGUAUAGUAGCAAGAGUGAGAUGGUAUGAGAGAGUGAAGAGAUGGAGGAUUAUUAUCUUGUAUAUUGUAUUUAUAUCUUGAGUAUUCUUUCAUUCACCCCUGAGUUUUUUUCAGUUUUUUCCCCUAUUUUGUUAUUGUAUGAACAUUGUUGUCUGUUUUUAAAAUUCCCAUAUUAAGCUGUGAUACAUCAGGUAUUCUUUAGAGCAAAAGUAUGACAAUUUAACAGUUGUUGCUGUCUGAAAUUUAUCCAGUAAAAUUAAGCAAAACAAAUGUAAGACUGUUGCAUAUAAGUGACUGGUGUAUCACAGCGUUAAUAGUCAUAUUCAGUGAUUAUUUCAAGACUCUGUAGCAGUUAUAACUAAAACAUGGUACAAGUGUGAUUCCACAUACAGUAAGUGAUAACACUGACUGAAUAAAACAAGCAGAAGGCAGAAAGUAUGAUGAUAUCUAUCGGAAAUGUUUGACUUUUGACACAUUCUCCUGUCACAAUGUGUUCUCACUCUGCACCCAAACAAAAUACUUAAUAAGCUUCGUGUAGAUAAAAGAAAAAAAAAAACAUCGCUGCUUGAUUUACUGUGAAAAAGACAUUGUUACACAUUGCUUCAUGUAAUAAUACAAUAAAAUACUAUUAUAACACCCUCAUUUGAUCAUGUGGCAGAGGUAUUUGGUGUGUCAAGGAUAGGUGACGCAAUUAGUGACACUAGAAGAGUUGAACUGUGCAUGUAAGAAACACAAAACAUAUCAUGUUCACACUGUUUUAUAGCGGUUUUCUGAGUUACUGUGCAUGUGACAUUCUGUAUGUAUUAUUUGUGUGGAGCAGUUUGAAGUUUAACACCUUCCUAAAUACACUAUAUUUAUGUCUGAUGAAAACACAGUAUGUUGACGCCCUCUGUUGCCUACAAAAAGUAGUGCACCCUUAAGUCUUGAGUCCUUGCUGUCUUUUUGAUUUCAGCUGUAUGUUUUAACAAUGGUGUUAAGAGUAUGCAAGAGAUCUCAGCUCAGUCCAGUUUCAUGGGACCUGCUUCUCUGUUGUGUUCUUCACACAGGACGAUAGCUCAGGUUCAUUAAACUGGCACCAGGGAGGCACUUACACCAACUGCAUGGUACCAGAAGUAAAAACAAAAGCUCAUUUUAUCCUUAAUUUAAAAGCCAAAUCAAGUUAAGAUCAAUCAGGGAGUCAUGAUUUUUCCAUUGCUGACACCAGUUGCAUCAAAUUAUAUUCCUGAAGCAUCUGCUCUGAAACCUUGAGUCACGCAUCAAACCUAAGUAUUAAAGUCAGGGCUUAUUUUGCAAAUCUAUCAGCAAAAUGGGGGAUUUUAUUUCGAAUUGAGGAAUAUCUUGAACAUUCCUGGUAUUCAAUUUAACCACCAAAGCAAACACGUGACGAUGGGCUACGCUGGUGUUUAUUUCCUACCAAAUUUGUCAAACUUGCACUGUGCCAAUCAUUCUGAUGUCUUGAGAAUUAACUGUGAGUGCUUCUGUAAUCAUUUGAUUUUAAUUUGAUCGCUGUCACGAGCAGCUCUGGAGGCUCACAUUUCUCUCAGCUUUAUGACCAAACUAGAGUAAGAUCAGGAAGUACGGACCCCCUGUUAGGUCACCUCUUCCCUUUACUUUGACUCUAGAGGGUGUGUCACAUCCAUACUUGCUUUAUGUAAAGAUUAAAAUGAUUAAAAAAAGACAGUGAACUUCAGAUUUUUGUUUUUGUCGCAUAAUGUAAAGCAUUAAGUUGGGGCACCUGCCCACUUCAGUCCUCCUUGCUUUUUGUAACACACUUAACUGUGAACCUGUUAACAUUUGUACAGAUUGUUUACCUACUGUAUGUACUUAAAAUAAUAUUGUUGUAAUAUUAACUAAUAACCUGCAGCCAUUUAGCAUAAUAUUCAUUUAGCAUGGUCUCAGCUGUCUUUUAUAUUUUCCAAGCUGUUAAUAGUAAGGAUACAGAAACUUGUCUAUAUUUCAUUCAAUAAAGUUAGAGAAAAUU